GGGUGGCUUCUCUCUCUCUCUCUCUCUCUCUCUCUCUCUCUGGCAUGGGAAGCAGCUGCAGGAUCUAGCCGGAGAGACUGCUUCUGCCGCCAAGUUUCUGCUCCGGGAACGCGCUUCUUGGCAAGCGCUACUCUCGCCCGGUUUUAGUCAGCUCCUGAAUCGAGGCGCGCUCCCAAGGCAACCGCAACCACGUUAACUUCACAGAGGGCCGGGGUCUCCUGCGGAGCCAGGAGCCAAAGUGGUCGGAUCAUGGAGCUGUUGUCCACCCCACACAGCAUCGAGAUCAACAACAUCACAUGUGACUCAUUCCGGAUCUCCUGGGCCAUGGAUGUUGGAGACCUAGAUCGAGUCACCCACUACUUCAUUGACCUGAACAAGAAGGAGAACAAGAACUCCAAUAAAUUCAAACACAGGGAUGUCCCAACCAAGCUGGUAGCCAAGGCGGUCGCCCUGCCCAUGACUGUAAGGGGCCACUGGUUCCUGAGUCCCAGGACGGAGUACAGUGUGGCAGUACAGACAGCAGUGAAGCAGAGUGAUGGGGAGUACCUUGUGUCUGGAUGGAGUGAAACUGUCGAAUUUUGUACAGGAGAUUAUGCUAAGGAGCAUUUGGCCCAGCUGCAAGAGAAAGCCGAACUCACGGCAGGGAGGAUGCUCAGGUUCUCCGUCUUCUAUCGGAAUCACACCAAGGAAUAUUUCCAGCAUGUCCGAAUGCACUGCGGAAACGUCAUGAAGCCAUACCUGAAGGACAACAGCGGCAGUCACGGCUCACCCACCAGCGGCAUGCUGCAUGGUAUCUUUUUCAGCUGCAACACCGAAUUCAACACAGGUCAGCCCCCCCAGGACUCGCCUUACGGUCGCUACCGCUUCCAAGUCCCUGCCCAGCGGCUUUUUAACCCCAACACCAACCUCUACUUUGCGGACUUCUACUGCAUGUACACCGCCUAUCACUACGUCAUCCUGGUCCUGGCGCCCAAAGGCUCUCCUGGAGACCAUUUCUGCCGGGAGCGCUUGCCCCAGUUAGACAUUUCCUGCAACAAGUUCCUGACCUGCUCUGUGGAAGACAGCGAGCUCGUCUUUCGCCAUGCCCAGGACGUCAUCUUGGAGAUCAUCUACACUGAGCCUGUUGAUCUCAGCCUAGGAGUUCUGGGUGAAAUCAGUGGUCAUCAGCUUAUGAGCCUUUCAACUGCUGAUGCUAAGAAGGACCCCAGCUGCAAGACGUGCAACAUCAGUGUGGGGCGCUAGAGACAGGAGGGGUGGGGAGGGAAGGGAAGGGAGACAGCACACAGCUGGUACAGAAGACAGCUUCAUUCACUUAAGACCCUUGGCAAUGGUUAUGGUCAGCUGGGAACUGGUUCCCAGUAUGGACCAGUACUGGAAAAGCAGACCUUUCACUGCAUCUUACGGACCUGCAUCCAUCUCUCUCUCUUUUGCAUGUUUAUUCAGCCAUUGUAAAUAGGAUCCUUAACCAGAGAGAGAGAGAGCGAGAUUGGGGCAUCUUUGUAAGUGUAGAGCAGUUGGGCCUGAUUCUCCAGUAAGAUAAUCAUUGCCAGUAGGUCAGGUACGAGAAGAAGCAGUCCUAGAUUUCCCAGGCUGCCUCUAUAAAGAAAAACCUAUCGUUUUCUGUCCCACCAUUCAAACCCAAAUGGACAUUUCAUUUUGCACACAUAGCAAAUACUGGGAAGCUCUGGCCAGUGUGACAAUAUUCCAGCUUCCUAAAUAGGACUUUUCUGCUUCUUGUCCUAUUCUCUCUGUCCUAUUUCCUCUUCUUCUCCUACCACAGACUCUCUGUGUUCCUCAGGCCCAGCUGUCCUCUCCCCUUCAUGUACAGCAUUCUCUGCUCACCCAGGUAUUGUCUGGAAGGGUGGGAGGGGCAGAACCUCCCCUGCUCCAGGAAGACUCUGAGGUCCAAAGCUCAGCUAGCAUGAAGACCCCUCAACGAGGUUGCUUGCCACGCUGAAUGUCUUUAUGGUCUGCACUGGGAAAGAAGCCACAAAUGGGAGCCUUACAUUUGUGCUAUGCUAGGGGGACUCCUAGCAGGGAAGAGAGGCUAAGAGGGAAGAAAAGCCUAUGGAUGUCGAAGGAGAUUUUGUUUCUUCUCACUUCCUAAAGGUGUGACAGCCUGUUGCUUCAUAGCCUUUAUUUAUUUUGUUCAAAUAAAACAGGAGGAAGGGGGGAGAGCUACAGGUUCUAACAAGCCUACUGGCACUCUAGACAGGCCCUGGAAUGCUGGUGGGUGUUGGCUGACAGAUGUACCAUCUGUUGCACUGCCCGACGUUGCUUGGGCUGCCAGAGGAAUCCAGCUUGCUCACAGUGUCCUGUGCUGUGCGUCUUCCUGUGGCCUCCUUUUGGGGAUGGAGCAGAAAGACACUCCACUCUACACCCCUGCGUCUGGGUUGCAGAGAGCGGAAAGACAGGGAUGAAACUUGUCCUGUGCAUUUGCACGCAAAGAUUCUCUCCAGCCCAACUUUUUUUGGGCAAGCCUUCAAAGAUGAAUUUAAGCACAGCCAGAGAGGGGGGGGCAGCUUAGUCCUUUCUCCUCUUGUCAUUUUUUUCCUGCUCUGAAUGACAAAAUGGGUAUUUGUAUCCGUUGCCCAGCAGGUGGAAAAGCAGACGGGAAAGGUAAUUUUGAGCAGGAACUAGCCCAAGGAGGAAAAGUUAAGCAGCAGCUGCCUCCCUUAUCACCCUUCCAUGCUGCCUGCUGCGACCUCCAAGGCUGCUUUUUGGCUUUUAUAAAUAAAAUGUCAAGAGAUGGCUGCGUACCCCUCCCCCAUUGUAAUGUCUAGCUUGGCCCCAAGGGACAGGGGUUUAUCAAGGCUACGCUGCAAUUCAGUGGCAGAGGUGGAGAUUUGAACUUAGACCUCUUUGAUCUAAGGCCAGACCUUGAUCUCCCCUGGAACAUACUGGCUGCCUGGACUCAAUCUGUGGCAAAGCAAUUGCCUGCUGUGCCUGCAGCAGUAGCUAAGGAAAGCCUAGAAGGGGAGGGGGAGAAGAAAACCUCACCGUGGUUGAAAAGGCAUUUGCAGUUCAUACUCGGCCACUCCCCAGCUCUUUUUCAGCCUGAACCUGCCCAUUACCUCAUGCAGCCAAGCAAAACCUGCUCUGCUGAGACAAACUCAGCCUGCUCCCAGCUGCUGCCCCCUCCUCCCUCCCAUUGUGAGAAGCUUUGAUUUGUUUGGGGUUUCUUUGCCAUGUAUCAGUAUUUUACCUCCCAAGAGAAAGCUGCCUGCACAUGGCCACUUCUUCAGGCAGGGUCUGGAGCACAAUGCCAGUCAGUGCAAUUUGGGGUGGGGUGGGGUGGGGUGGGGGUCUGAAUUGGGGCAAAAGAUGUGGCUGGUGCUCUUAAGAAAUCCUAUUUUGCAUUGGCUUAGAGGCCUGAUGGAAAACUUGAAGGGGUUUCGCCUUUGAGAUAAGCAAUUCCAAGCCCACUGAGAGCUGAAUGACAACUGCUGCGUUCACUUUUAGUUUCUUGCCAGGCUUGCCUGUAUACCUCCCCUCCUUCCCACGUCACCUGGCAUGGAGAAUCCCUGUUAGAAAUUAAGGCUGCAAUCCUAAAGGCACAUUCCUGAAAGGGAGCCCCAUUGAAUUAACAUGAGACUGGCUUCUGAGUAGACCUGCUUAGGAUUGCUCCCUGAUUCCAGUUACCCAUAAUGUAACCAGAGGUAGUCUAAAAAGCAGGCUAACUUAGAUUUACAGUGCAAUCCUAAUAAAAAAAACUUCCUGGGAGCAUUCCUCCCAUUGAAUCAACGUGUCUAGGAUUGCGCCCUUAGAAUCCCAGUUGUGGGUAGAGGGAGCUGGUGCCUCCAGUUAACCCGCCCUCCUGCAUUCAUGUGUUCUGAGUGGCCAGAGCUAGUUUCCAGUGAGAUUCCUUCAUUACGCUCUCUCUGAGAAAGGAGUGGGUGGCACAUACACACGUGGCUUAGCAACCAGCCAGAUUUCGGCUCAUAUUGUUUUAAUGUGACUUCUGAAUGCAGUUGGUGUAUCUAUGGCUCUCUGAAAGGGGCAAAAGCAAUGGCCAUGUGAUCUGACCAAUAACCUGCAUGGAAUCACAUCAUGUUCCAGAACGAAACCGCAAAUUCGCUGUAGCUCACACAGAUUCUGUGGCGGCAACCAAGCAGGGGGUGAGCACAGCAAUCUGCCUUAUAUCUAAUCAGAUUACUGGUCCAACUACUGACCAGUAGAAGCUCUGCAAGAUCUCAGGUGCAGAAUGAUCUUUCUUAACAUCUAAUAUCUUUUAACUGCAGAUGGGUAGCUGUGUUUAUCUGCUGCAGCAGAAUUAUAUGGGAAUCUGGCAACAUCUUAAAGACUAAUCAGAUGAUUUUGAGGCAGUGACCUCUGAUUCAUGAAAGUUCAUGUAGAGAUAAAUUUGGUUAGACCCCUGUGUCUUUAUCCUUUAACUGGAGACUGAACCUGGGAGCUUCUCUAACCACUGGGCCAUAGCAGCUCUUCAGACAGAUCUCAUCAGCGAGGGCAAAGAGUAGGGGGCUUAGAAAAAUGAUUAAUCUCUCAGAAGCCCUAAGAAGGUAGGCAGUGACUUGGCCAGGAUCCACGUUCAAGUUCUUGGUCAGAUAUGAAUCUCUCCUAUCCAACCCAACGACUUGUUCUUUGUUCACUGUUGGUCACUGGCCUCCUACAGGCAGCUAACUGACUUAAUAGCCAACACUUUUUAGAUUGGCAUGCACAUUUGAGUCACCAGACACAAAUAAUGUCAAAAGCCAGAGGACAGUCUGGAGUUGGGCUGAAUUUGGAAAAAGGGACACCUAUGAUAGACCGUACAGUCACCAUCCUUAAAAUAAGGAACAUCUAGCACCCCUUCUCAGUGCUUGAAGGCCUGAAAAUACAAGUUUCACCUGAGCUACAAGACAAGCUAACAUUCCUUUUGCAGCCCACAGAAGCAAAUUCAUAAGCCCUGUGUAUGGACAGUGGGUGAACCUCUACAGCUUUCCCUAGUUAGCUAGUGUAUUAGGGUGAGGUCAUUUCUACAUUGUUAUGCAUUGGCGGCAUGGUCUCUUGACGAGGACUUAAUCUGCCUCUUUCACGCAAUGACCAUUCAUUUAGAGGAUUCCAUCACGAGCACUAUUCAACCAAAUGGAGGUUGCAGUAUUAUCAGCAGAGCUUGGCGUAUUACACCCUGAGCCUGGAUCUAAGAGCCCUUUGUUAAAUUAGUAGCAUGUUCAAAGAAAUAUCAACAAGGAGCAUAUUUAAUGAAGAGGCAGCCAAUAAAUCAAAGACAAAGGCGUCUCUAUUUUAGAGGCUUCGCUUUCAGGGCCGCAGACAUGUUUUCGUUUGUGGCAACCUUUAGAAACGUAUGAGCGUCCAGAUGUUCAGUGCAGCCAGCUGUGUAGUGUUUGCUGUGUGCUGUAGCAGUAUUGUGCUGUGAAUGCUGCUCGCAUGGAGUACCAAGUACCCUGCCUUUCCCCUAUACUCGCUUUUCAUCCCCUACCCCGAUGCACUGCAUUUUAAACUCUUGCCAGUUGAAAAAGAGCCACUUGCCAAUGGGAAUGCUGCGUGUUGGUGGUCAGGUUCAAUUGUCCUUGACUCUCCCUGCCUUUAUAAAAUGCACACUAAGAAACCUUCACCUGGAUUAGUUGCUGGAUUUGAAGAAGCUUUCAGUGGACAGGAAUGCUAGAAAAGUUAUAUGAAGAGGAGCUGUGGGAUGUGCAUGUUCCUGUAUGAACAAGAAAGCAGCCUCUCUGCUUUGAUUUCCUGUAAGAAACAGAGUGUAUUUUUACAGGCAAACAUACACAGGAAGGUGUUAGUGUGAAGAACUGCCUUUGGAGUCAGGCAGAUGAAGUUACUUCACAGAGGAAGGGGUGCACAGGGAGCCCAAGGCAAUCAUUUCUCCUGAUGAAGGGCUGGGAAGACUACAGGGAUCAGGUUGAGCAAACAACGGAUCUUUUGGCAAAAUUCUUCUUGAACCGUACCAGUGAUGAGAGUGUAUGACUGCAUGCUUUCCUUAUGUACCCUCCCAUCCCCUUUCUGGCAUGCAGAAAACUAGCAGCGGUGGAUUGUUCAAAUGUCCCUCGAGUAAAUUGAAACGAGUGGUCCCUCAGGCUGCGGUGAAGAUGGCCAUGGGUGUAAGCUCAGCUAUGAUGCAGGGCCAGCCCAAGGAUUUUGGCACCCUAAGCUGGAGGUGGGUAGACAUUACUUGUCCUCCUUAAUAACCCCACAAGCUAUGGGGAGGCAAAAAGAUUUCACUCAUCAUCUUCCCCCUGCACUGUAGCAAGAAGCUGCCACCCACUCUACUUGUCCUACUGGUGACCAGGCAAGGUACCUCCCAGGGCAGGCCCUGAUGCCGUGGAAGGGCAGGUGGGGACCAACAACAGGGCUGUUUGGCAGCCCUCCGCCACUGGCAACCUAAGUAAUUGACUAGGGUCAACUAGUGGACAGUCCAUCCCUUCCCUGGGGGUUGUUAUAGUCACAGUGACCCUUUGGCUCAGCUUGUUUCUGACAACCAACAGCUAACAGGCUAGUCCCCCUCCCUGAAAACCAGAUUUCAGGAAGAAUGGAUUUACUUUUCCCCUUAAUGUGCUACUCGUGUGUUUAGGAGUCUGUCUGGUGUCUUUGUGGAGGAAUUCAUAACCUUACCUGCAGAAUGAAAUGGUACCGUUCAGGAACAUCUUUACCUCAUGAUCAGCUCUGGCUAGAAUACCUUUAGACAAGGACUGAAGGACUGUUCAGACAUUAUGGCCCAGGUGCUCUAACCUUAUGUAACAGGAGAGUACAUUGUUGUGUGCAAUUACUUGUACAGGUGUCAUAUUAUACUAAUAGGGCAGCACAUACAUUUUCUAGCCUCAGUAUAUGCAAACAUGUAAGCUCAAAAAUUUGGGUUUGUGACCAUGGGUACCAAAGCUGGAAAAUAAAACAUGUUGCUUUAUUCACACAAAAUGUUAGUUGCACCUAUCAAGAGGAAUGUAGGUAGCAUGAUCUCCCCUUACAUGUGGUUGGAUUACCAAAACUGCAACAACUGAAGAGGGCUAAACUUUGAGGGGAUAAGGAAAAGCAGGGCUUUUUUUCUGGGAAAGAGGUGGUGGAACUCAGGGCCGCACAAUGAUGUCACUUUGGGUCAGCUGGAACAAGGGGGGAGUUUUUUAAAGUUUAA